UUGCUGGGAAUUGUUGAAAAUGGUCGGCUCGAGACCCAGAGAACCAGGCGACAUUAAUCUCCUGCACCAGCUUGUUCUGUCCUUGUUAACAUCUCAGAGCCAUUUACUAAAAUUAUUAACGUUUCUGCAGCUAGAUUUGGUUAAAGCGUGAAGUUAGCUAGUUGAACUGACUCGGACAGAAUUGAAUAGUUUUUGGUGAACUUAAGAGUUGUUAAAGAUGAAUUCACCAUGCACAGAGAUCUUGCUGAAAAGCACCUCAUCCAUGUCACUAGAUGAGCGCUUCACCAUGAUGAUGCAUAGUCAGCAGGUGCAAUUGGCUGAUAUCAGGGACACUAUGCCCCAAAAGCUGACCGCUUCAGUGGAGAACCAGCGCCUGGUUCAGCAAAUGGCCAAUCGUCCUUCAGUUCUGGCUGCUCUUCAGAACAAAUUGAGUGUGAAGCAACAUCAGUGUAAGGGCAGCGUCAAGGCAAGGCUCGGGAGGCCUAUGAUGAGGAGAGGCUUGCAUGAGAUGUCUUGGUCUUGGGGAAGACCAAGAGGAAGAGGCGUACUGCUGAGGGGAGAUUUGUCACACAGAUUUACAAAUGGGAGCCUGAUACAACAACAGCAUGGAUCUUAUAUAAACAGAGGAGGACCGACCCAAAGUAGAGGACUAAGAGGAGCUCUCAGAGGCAAAGCAGGUAGAGCCACACUAUUUGUAGGCCGUGGCUCAGCUGGAAGAAGUGCUAGACCAGACUGUCGUACUCUUCCCACUCGAGAGGAGCUGGAUGCACAGCUUGAUGAAUACAUGUCCAUGACCAAGAGUCAACUGGAUGCUCAGCUGGAUGCAUACAUGGCAGAAGUUAACCAUGAAGACCUACUUUAUUGAAGCUCUUUAAUGAUUUUGUAGAUUAUUUUUGUAGUUUCUAUAUACGGUUUGAUAUUGUCAUGGUGACCUUGUUCGAGGACACUGCAGUGCAUUUUUCCUCAUUUCUACAUUAAAGAAACUUGUUAUUGCAGCAUGGAAAAAAGAAUGGAAAACUCAACUGAAGUGUUGUAGAAGCUUGUACAUGAGUCCUGUAGAAAGUUCAUAUACCAAUUAUUUUACUAUUGAUUUUUGGUUCUUAUAUCUAUUCAUACAGAAAUUGAAAGAAUUUGGGUCAGUUUAGGCCACUACAGUUAAUUUUUUUUUGGGAUGUAGUCUUGAUAAAAGGUCUGGACAAUUAAAACAAUAUUCUCUAAGUUUCAAAAUGUAUAGCAGAUAGAGAAGAUGAGAGGCAGUACAAGUGUCCACCGUAUAUACACACAAUCUGACAUGUUGAGGAUGACCCACCUAAUUAACUGAUCUGUUUGGGGCCAAAUGAUUUAGUCUUUCUGGUGCUGUGAAAAUCUUUAUUAAAAAAAUAAUAAUUGUGUAUACCUGAUAGCUCUGUAAUAUGUUGCUGCUUCAUACAGUAUAUUGCUUAAAUAUCCUCAAAUAUAUUCUGAAGCACUAUGUAUCCUGCAUCUACAGCAUUAGAACCAAGCACUUUGUCAAUGGUGACCAGUUGCUAUUGUCAUCAUUUGCUUUAAUCAUUUUAUUGUAAUGCAGCACAUCCGCAAAACAACCAGGUUCUGCUUCUAAGUUGUUUACUUGAGGGUUGGUUUGUUUAUCACAUUUGAAAUGUAAUUCAAUCUCAUUACAUCACUUGGUUCAUGCUAAACAUAGUGCUUAUGUUUCGAGUUGACUAUCAGUCAGAAGAUUAUGGCAAUGUGACGUGUGCUAAAGAUCUGUUCAUAUUUGCUAAACCGUUUCUAGUUUGUGUGCAAUAUAACCAUACACCAUUGUGUACAUUAUUGCCACUAUAGCCAUAUAUCUUUCAAUUAUUAAAUGUUUAUUCAAUAAAUAA